AUGCAAGCUAGACAAAACUCCUGCCCCCUUCUCUCUUUUUGGUACCCCAUCUUCUCCCACACCCUCUUUCGAGAUGAUGACCUUUACACCUCCAACCACUCCUUUAAAAGGGAAGGGUAAGGUUGGCAAGAGUUUCUGGGAAGAUCCCACCAAGACCUUUGGAUGAGCUCACAACGUUAUUACUAAUGACAAGCUCAGAGGUCUCUCGUCUAUCCCUUCUCACGAACUGGUCAGUCAUCACAUUCACAAACUAGUGCAGGUUCUCGGAGAAUCCCUACGCUUGACAACAGACUAUCUGAGCAAUGAAGAGAAGGUAGUGGUGGCCAAUUCAAAGGUUCACAUAGUUGAGGCCAACAGCUCGAGGUUAAGGAAGGAUUUGAUCGAGGCAAUGGACCAAGUGACAAAGGCUAAGGAGAAGGUGAAGGAGCUUAAGGACGCAUUGAAGGUGGAGAAGAAGCUCGUCAUUCAAAAAGACGAGGAAGUUCAAGCUGCCCUUUUGAAGAUAGAUGAAGAACAUGAGAAGGUGAUCACCAAAUUUCUUGAGUCUGAUCGCUUCUCUGAUCUUCAAUUCGUCCAGUACUUCAAGGGCUUCGAGCUUCUUCGUAGGUGGAUGAUGAAGCAUCAUAGUCAUAUAGCAGACUUUGCAAACCUUGAUUUCGAAGCCAUUGACACUAAGAUCCUUUCUAACGAGACUAAAGAGAAGGAAGGUGAAACUGUCGCUAAUGAUGCUAAAAGAGAUGGUACUGCCACAGGUGGAGUUGUGGACGAGGCUCACAUGGAUGAGGGCGAUGUUAAGGAGGUCUUCACUGCUCCUUGA